UUUACAGAAUUGACAACUACCACUCCACAGGCAACCACAACAAAGGAAGUCACCACUCAAUCAACUUCAACAGAACAAUCGACCACAAGUCCACCAACAACACAGACAGCCACUACAGAUUUGACAACUACCACUCCACAGGCAACCACAACAAAGGAAGUCACCACCCUAUCAACUUCAACAGAACAAUCCACCACAAGUGCACCAACAACACAGACAGCCACUACAGAAUUGACAACUACCACUCCACAGGCAACCACAACUAAGGAAGUCACCACCCUAUCAACUUCAACAGAACAAUCCACCACAAGUGCACCAACAACACAGACAGCCACUACAGAAUUGACAACUACCACUCCACAGGCAACCACAACUAAGGAAGUCACCACCCUAUCAACUUCAACAGAACAAUCCACCACAAGUGCACCAACAACACAGACAGCCACUACCAAAUUGGCAACUACCACUCCCCAGGCAACCACAACAUUGGAAACUACCACCCAAUCAACUUCCCAAUCCACCACAAAUACACCGACAACAACGGAGACAACCACCGUACAUUUGACAACAACCACACCACAGACAACCACACCAACCACAACAUUGGAAACUACCACACAAUCAACUUCCCAAUCCACCACAAAUACCCCGACAACAACGGAGACAACCACCGUACAAUUGACAACAACCACACUGCAGACAACCACACCAACCACAUUGGAUACUACCACACAAUCAACUUCACAAUCCACCACAAAUACACCGACAACAGAAACAACAACCACAACCACACCCACCACAACAUUGGAUACUACCACCCAAUCAACUUCCCAAUCCACCACAAAUACACCGACAACAACGGAGACAACCACCGUACAAUUGACAACAACCACACCGCAGACAACCACACCAAGCAUAACACCGGAAACUACCACCCAAUCAACUUUCCAAUCCACCACAAAUACACCAACAGAGACAACCACUGUACAAUUGACAACUACCACACUGCAGGCAACCACAACACAUCAAGCCACCACACUAUCGACUUCAACAGAACAAUCUAGCAGAAUCACAGACGCAAUCAUCCAAAACCCUGCCACAACUUCCCAAUCCACCACAAAUACACCGACAACAACAGAGACAACCACUGUACAAUUGACAACAAUCACACCGCAGACAACCACACCGACCACAACAUUUGAUACUACCACACAAUCAACUUGCAACCACACCAACAAUCGUGUCGCAAUCAGUAUCAACAACCACAACAGCAUCUUCAACCACAACAUCUCUCCCCACCACACUUGCAUCACCAACAACAUUGAUAAUAAUCACAACAGCAUCACCAUCAACCACAACAAUAUCUCCAACCACAACAGUGUCACAAACAACAUAUACCCCAACUACAACCACUCUUCCAACAACAGCUCCAACAACAUCUUCAACAUCUUCAACAUCGCCAACCACAACAGCAUCACCAUCUACAACAUCUCCAGGUUAGUUGUUAUCUAA